CUCUCAUUAGUCAGCCGCGCGGGGAGGAGCCGGCUGACCUUACGCUGGCCCGGCCUCUGCGGCCAUUAGAGCUCAUCCCUCGGUGGCCGCGCUGCCUCCCAGUCCUCGAGCCUCAGGCCUUUACGCAGCAGAUAAACCGAACUCCAGUCUGAAAUUGAGGGUCCACGACAGGAAAAAAGAUGCGAGCGUCCAUCCCAGAGCCCAAAGUUGGAGACCUGAUUGAGAUUUUCCGCCCUUUCUACAGACACUGGGCCAUCUACGUUGGCGAUGGAUACGUGGUCCACCUGGCACCCCCAAGUGAAAUUGCGGGAGCGGGCGCGGCCAGCAUCACGUCCACCCUGACUGAGAAGGCCGUGGUGAAAAAAGAGCGGCUGGAUGACGUGGUCGGGAGAGACAGGUACCAGGUCAAUAACAAACACGAUGACAAGUACUCGCCGCUGCCUCCCGGCAAAAUCGUCCAGCGGGCAGAGCAGCUGGUGGGCCAGGAGCUGCCCUACUCGCUGCCCUGCGAGAACUGCGAGCACUUUGUGAACGAGCUGCGCUACGGAGUCGCCCGCAGCGAUCAGGUCAGAGACGCCGUCGUGGCGGCUGGCAUCGCCGGCGUGGGCUUGGCCGCCGUGGGCCUCAUGGGAGUCAUGUUCUCCAGAAACAAGCGGCAGAAGCAAUGAGUGGGAAGGGACCGUCCCAGCAGCAGUGACUUUUGUACACUCAGGGGGUCUUGUCGGGCCGGAGGUGUUGAGGUUUCGGUUUGCGGAUUUCAUGCUGUUUGAUGAUAUGGCUUAU